CCCGGCUCCCGGAGGCGAGGCGGGCGCGGGCGGAUGGCGGAAGGCGCCCAGCCGCAGCAGCCACCUCAGCUCGGGCCCGGCGCCGCUGCCCGGGGGAUGAAGCGGGAGUCGGAGCUGGAGCUGCCGGUGCCCGGAGGGGGAGGAGACGGAGCCGAGCCCGGCCUGAGCAAGCGGCCGCGCACCGAGGAGGCGACGGCCGACGGCGGCGGGAUGCAGAACGAGCCUCUGACCCCAGGUUAUCAUGGAUUCCCGGCACGGGACAACCAGGGUAACCAGGAGCCAACAACAACUCCUGAUGCAAUGGUUCAGCCUUUUACUACCAUCCCAUUUCCACCACCUCCACAGAAUGGAAUUCCCACAGAGUAUGGAGUGCCACACACUCAGGACUAUGCCGGCCAGACCAGUGAGCAUAACCUGACACUCUACGGAAGUACACAAGCCCACGGCGAGCAGAGUAGCAACUCACCCAGCACACAGAAUGGAUCUCUUACGACAGAAGGGGGAGCACAGACAGACGGCCAGCAGUCACAGACACAAAGUAGUGAAAAUUCAGAGAGUAAAUCUACCCCUAAACGGCUGCACGUCUCUAAUAUUCCUUUCCGCUUCCGGGACCCUGACCUCCGACAGAUGUUUGGGCAGUUUGGCAAAAUCCUAGAUGUAGAAAUAAUUUUUAACGAACGUGGCUCUAAGGGAUUCGGGUUCGUAACUUUCGAGAAUAGUGCUGAUGCAGACAGGGCCAGGGAGAAAUUACACGGCACCGUGGUAGAGGGCCGUAAAAUCGAGGUGAAUAACGCUACCGCACGUGUAAUGACCAAUAAGAAGAUGGUCACACCAUAUGCAAAUGGUUGGAAAUUAAGCCCAGUAGUUGGAGCUGUAUAUGGCCCGGAGUUAUAUGCAGCAUCCAGCUUUCAAGCAGAUGUCUCCCUAGGCAAUGAUGCGGCAGUGCCCCUAUCAGGAAGAGGGGGUAUUAACACUUACAUUCCUUUAAUCAUUCCUGGCUUCCCUUACCCAACUGCAGCCACCACAGCAGCUGCUUUCAGAGGAGCCCAUCUGAGGGGUAGAGGGCGGACAGUGUAUGGUGCAGUCCGAGCGGUACCUCCAACAGCCAUCCCCGCCUAUCCAGGUGUGGUUUACCAGGACGGAUUUUACGGUGCUGACCUCUAUAUAGAAUCUGCAAACUGCUUCAGAUCAAACAGGGUGGAUAUGCAGCCUACAGAUAUGCACAGCCUGCUACUGCAACCGCAGCCACAGCCGCUGCAGCCGCUGCGGCCGCUUACAGCGACGGUUAUGGCAGGGUGUAUACAGCAGACCCCUAUCAUGCCCUUGCCCCUGCCGCUAGCUAUGGAGUUGGCGCUGUGGCAAGUUUAUACCGAGGUGGCUACAGCCGAUUUGCCCCCUACUGAAGUGACGUGAGACCCCUGCACAUGGGACAGCCCCCCAGUUCAUGAGGCCUGGCUAUUGCAAUAUUUACUAGUAGAGGAACUCUAUAGCAAGAUGAAGAGGAAAAACAAACAAACAAAAAAAACACAAAAAAAAGAGAAUACUUUUUUAUACCUCACUAUGUUCUUUGAAUAUGUAUUUUUCCUUUAAAUUUCUGCCUUUAAUUCUUUUGUUCCAAAGAUUGUGCUUUUUUUUUCCCUUUUUUUUUUUAACUGUGGUAAAAAAAAAAAAAAAAAAAUGCAUUUCCAUGUCUGUAUGUCCGUGCUUAGCUUAUUCUAUCAAUCACGGAAGAGGCAGCAAAUGAGGAAGGAGAGGUAUUAGGGGCUGAUGAACACAUCUGAUCAGAAAUCAGCAGACAGAGUCACCAAAGUGUGUCUGGUGCUGAAUGGCUGGGGGACAAGCAGAAGCGGAGGAGAUGUCCUUUUCCUUCCUUUCUGCAACAGGAUAUUCUCCUAGUCUUCUGAGUUUCUGGUCUCUGGCAGGCAGUUCUGACUGGCUGUGGCUGGAAUCCAUACGCUGAUAGAUAGGAAUCUGUGCUUGCAAAGCAGGAGAAUUAAAAAGACGCAUUCUCUCCUCUUUCCUCCUGCCUUCUCCGUUCUUUUUACAAUCAUCUUACAUGCACCGCCUGAGACAGUUGGCAUUGUUUGGGAACUUUAUAGUAUUGAUAUCUCCAAACAUGCUCCCAGACUGUGGGUAAUAAGCACCUCGUGAGGAAACCGAUCUCAGAAAGAACUCUGGAGUAUGAAAAAGACCCUUCUUUUCUUUCCUGUAAUCCUGGCAUUCCUGUUGGGCUUCUUCGCCUCUAAUGGAACCACUGCUUAGCUCAUCUGUCCUGUUAUUAACACCCUGCUCCCAUGUCCCCAAGAUGUAGGAACUUAGGACCCAGGGACAGAAGAACAGCCAGUGGCCAGAUGGCCCCCAGCUUGAGGACUGGAAGUACAAGUUGUUGAGAGCCCUUACAGAGGGUAAGGAAGAGAAAAGGGGUGUUAGAAGGUAUCUGGAAAGGUGCUCUGGUAUUUCUUAGCUUUCUCUUGCGUCUGUAAAAUCAGUAUAAACAAAAUAUAAUAAAGCAUCUGUUGGGAAAUGACAAAGCACAAAGUCAUAGGUCAGCUGUCCCUGGGAAUUUUGGUGAUUAGGGCGUGUAAGCGCAGGCAGAGGCACUUUGAACUAGCUCUAAAGCCAUAGGAAUUUUCACCUUCCAGAGCCUUUAUGAGUCACCUCUGUCCACAGUCUUAAGUCCUCGUGGCCAUUCCACCCAGCUUCUCAUUAUUCUCCAAAGACACCUAGCUGAGCGCCCGGACCACUUGGUAUGCAUAACACUACAGGGCAUGAACCACAGAGGCCCUGCAGUUGCUUCUCUCUGCACUGGAAGGAGGGUCUGGAGUGGUAAGGACCUCACCAUGCAGCGGCCACAGCAGUGAGUCACUGCUACUGCUCUUUGGCCUCAACUUUAUAUCUUACAAGAGUAGGGGAGAAAGCCUUUCUCUCCGAACUGUCAGCUAUUACUGAUACAGGCAAGCGUCCUGCAGCAGUUCCAAAAUGAAGGCAUUAGAAGAUAGAAAAGCACGGUCUGUUUGGCUCCCUGGUCUAUUCACAUUGGUACUAGGGUGACCUUUCACCCAAGGGAUAGCUGCUAAAGGGAGUAAUUCAGAGACAUGGAGCUUCUGCUUUGUUUGGGGGUUUUGUUUUUUUUUUUUUUUUUUUUUUAACUCCUGCCUCCAUGCAUGUUGUUGACUGGUAACUGGUUCAUGUCCCUGAAUUAAAAUGACUGGCAUACGACAGCAUCACACACUCUUUGUAAGCAGAGUGGUCCAUCUGGAAGGCCACUGGCCUGUCAUGGAUAAUACAUCUUCUUCCCCUUAGAAUCCUCGCUCUCCCCACGGCUGCGAGGGAGGCUGUGCCUGACACGAGGGGCAAUGUCAAUGGAGCUAGAGGCCUUGAUGCAAUCAGUAAUGAUUCCGGGGACAAUAUGUAGAACAAGGGGACACCAAACUGCCUGGCUCAGUGGGUCCUCUCCCUCUACCCCCAAGCCAAAGUCUGGUUUUUUGCUGUUAAGACAAUUUUCGUUGUAUGUAUAUAAAUAUUUUAGUUAGAGGAGGGGGAUGGGCUAUGGGGCUUUCUCAGUUUUAGGGGUGGGGGCAGGGAGCAUUUUUAUUCUCUUUUGUUUUUGUUUUGAGAGAGUGCUUUUACUGACGAAAGAAAAUGAGAGAAAAUCUGUGUCAUGUUCAAAUAGGGGCCAUUCUCACAAAAUAGCAAGCCACUUAAGAGGAGACUAGGCCAAAUUCUAAAUGGGGCAAAUAGAGAGAUGAGUUUAAGAAUUGUUCUCUUGUUUUUUCAUGGAAAGAGAUAAGGAUGCUGGGCUGGUAGAGAAGGCAGCUCCCACAGCCCUUUUAAAAGAGUCAGAAGCUUGAGUGUGAGGUACCUUUUGUGCGUUUCAGUUCAGCUGGUUCUGGCUGAGGACUCUGUCGGCAAGCUCUGUAUCUCUAGUGGGUUUCUGCUGCUCUUCCAGGGAGGGUUUGUAAUACCUUCUCCUCUAGCUCCCUUUUCUAAGAAAGACUAAGUGGAGUUCUACUUUUUAGUAAAGAGCCUUUGGCUCUCAAUGUCACUGCUGAGAACUGGGCCUCUCAUAAGCACCCAGAUCUCAUGGAGUCGACCUGCCCAUCAGCCUUCCAACGUUGAGACUCCAUACAGUCCACGGCAUCAGAGGCAGGUUCCUCACAGCCUUGAUGCUGAGAGAUUCCUGACUGUGGUUCUCCUUGGAUGAGAAGCUGAGUCAAGAGGGAGUUUGGCAUCUUGUGAGUUUGUUAGAGGAUGCUGGUCGAUAAUUCCAAAAAGCUUACUGAUGUCAAAUCUCAGUACACGAAUGAUCUGACAGCUUUACUGCAGUUCAUGACCUGGAUUUUAUGCUAAGCAUCUUACUCUUAGAAGCUGGGCUCCUUUAAGGAAGUCUCCAGUGAAAAACCUUUAUCUGCACGUCCCUCUUUCAGCCCAGACAGCUGCCCUUAGGUCUUUCCCAAAAUUCCUUGUGGUAGCUAGUUCAACUCCCAUCAGCCCAGAUUAAACAUUUGUGGUUCGUCAUUUUCAGGCCCUCAGGUUUUACAAAACCUAAUACUGCCAUCAUCCUCCAACAGCUAUGGUCUGAAUUGAGCCAACUGUUUGUUUUUUUUUUUUUUUUGCUUGACAAGAAGCAGGCUGGGGCUCAACUCUUAGUUUAAGGGGAGCUAGCAGAGAUCUCUUCAGUAGAAAUCAAUGCUAGCAGCUUUUCCUCCAAUGUGUGACUCCUCACGGCCUGAACUACUCUUAGUAAGUCAGACUGUAUAGAGAUGUAGCAGAUAAGUCAGUUAAUCACCACCAUCCUAUUACUAGUCGUGUAGCUCCCAGAUAUGGAAAAAAAAAAAAAAAAAGGAGGUAUAAAAUAGGGAGGGAAGCAACCCCAAGGAUAUGCAAGAAGGGCCUGAGAAAUCCCCCUUUCCUGUGGCCGGAGAGAAAGGCCUACCAACAGACAGUCUAGGAAGCACUUAGACCUUUAAGGAGGGGAAAGGGGAAAUGUCCGAUGAACUGCCCCCUUCUGCCAACCCCAGCCGGUGCUUCUGCUUGCAGCCCUCUAGCACAGUAACAUUUGCUGAGUUGCAGACCCCCCACCCCCCAUACUAGGAGGAAAGGGACUUUGCAGGGGUAGGGUAGGGGUAGUGGUGUUUUAAAAGCAUAAGUUACCUGUUUGCACUGUUUUAAGAUAGGAAAAAAAAAUAGUGGGCAAGGUGAACAUCAGAUGUAAAUUCAUGUGUUUUUAUUUUGUCAUGCUCUUGAAAUUGACCAUUUGUAGUAUACACCAGUGAAACUUGAUUCUUUGUCGCAUAAAACACUAUAUAUUUUUUGGAAAUGUUACUGUCCAAAAGCCUUUUCCCUCCCUUUCCCUUUUCCUGUGUACCUCCUUCAUACUUGCUUUACUGAUCAACAAGGCAAUAGCCAUCCAAGAGCUAGCGCAUGAAACAGGACCCUUUCCAAGUAGGCUCUGGGUGUCCUAUGCCAGCGUGUGCCCUCUGGGUUAGGGAGUGCAGUUGGAACAUCAGGCUUACAGACCAGACGAUGGCAAGUUAUCAAAUUCCUGAAUCAGAUGCACUAGGAAUGAGGAGUCGACAGGGAGGGGAUUCCGGAAGUAUUGCCGUCGGCUGUAGUAGCUGAGUUCUUACCCAUGUUACCGAAACUGUAGCCAGUUACAGUUUACUCAGGAAAACGGUAGAUCAAUUCAGCCAUGGUCGUGCUGGUUGGCAGGGAUCGGUAACUGAGGGAACCGUUCAUCAGCCACAACAGAGACGGCCAGCAUGGGGCCCCGGUCCCAGCUGUCUGGCAUUUAUAUACAGCCGCUGACGUGAGGGCUCGACUCCGGCUGGCAAAUGAAAAGGGAACAUCAGUUCUCUUUUCUCUCCCCACCCCUGCACCUGUUAACACCACCAGAUUCCCGGGGGUACAUAAGUUUUUGGAUUUAAAAAAAAAAAAAAAAAGUUUUUUGGUUUGGUUUUUCCGGGGACUGAUAAGUGCUUUAAGCAAUGUGUAUACCCCACCAAGACUCCCAGCUUAGUCAUUUUCUUGUAUUUUUCUGUUCACAGUAUUUUUGUGUGUGUGUGCUUGUUUUGGCAGCUCAUUUCGGCUGUUUUAUAUAUCGAGUGAUCUUCUUUUUUCCCUAAGGGAUAUGAAUUUUUUUUUUCUUGUGUUAUAAUUCUGCUUGUGAAUAGCUGGAGCAAACCCGGGGCUGACACACGUAAGCUAGGGCUGCAAAGCAAGAAGAGAACCGGUGCCGUUUGCUUGUCCUCAACAGGCCAACUGCCCUGCAUCUCCGAGCUUUCCAGUCCCAAUCAUUGCAAGGCUACAAAUACCACAGACCCUCCCCUCCUCUCCCCAGCCCUGUUGCAGGGACUGAACUGUCCCUACAUGCAACAUGCAGUUUCUCCAGCCCCUCCCGUUGCCAUGGCAAAGCAGGUACCUACGGGGCUUGGGGGGCAUCACAUGGGAUGCUUGUGUAAUUGACCACCUAGCCUCCUCUCCUCCCCUGCCCCUCCCAGAAUCACUUUCUAGGACACCCGAGCUGCUUGCCCAGGGUCCUGUUUCCCUGCUAACUCCAGAGAAGCAUCCCAGGGCUUUGUGACAGUCUCUAAUCCUCUUCCCUUCUUGUUAAGAAUCAUAUUGUAUAGUAGCUUUCAGACCAUACAGUAUUCAUUGGGUUACUCCUAUUAUUAUCAAGUAGCUGGAAUUGUGAAGGUCAGAGUAGUUAGAUCUUUAGCUUUUAUUCCUUAUUUUUUUGUAUUACUAUCCAUGUGUAUAAAUUAUUGAUCAUGUUGCUGGCUUUUAUAAACUCUAAGCGAAGGAGGAGCUCCGCCUCUGCCUUUGCAAAUGGUAAUGAAGCACUGUUUUUAAAUAAAAGAGAGAAACACCA